CAAUGAUACUUGUAAACUUGUGAACAUUAUACAUAUCAAAUUUAAAUAUUUCAUAUACAUAAUCAGUUUUAAGAUAUUGUGUAAAGUUUCCUUGUUUUAUUAGGACAAGUUUUGCCAUAAAUGUGGGUCAUGGAGACCUUGGAGUAUGUGCUUAUAAAGUCAUUAAAAAUUACAUUCAAUUUAGAAAAAACUUUGCUUGUCAGUUGUCAUCCAUGUUUGUCUACACAUAGAGAAAUUAAUGGAAAGGCUUAGGUUUAAUCUAAAAGUAACAUGAAGCGGCCCGACUGUGGUGAAAAAGCCAUUAUAAAGUAAAUAUAGUUGCUAAGGUUUUCUAAAGUGUUUGUUGAUUGUAAUAAGCAUUCUUUUUUUCACGUGAAUAAAUAUUGAUUGCUUUAGCUCAGUCUGUACAGUUUAUUGACGAGUCACAUACUUUUAAGUAAAAAUGCUUGCACUAAAGUCACUUUGGACCGCUUUAUCGCUGUUUUAUGUAGUUGAAUCAUGUACAGAAUUUUUUAUAAAAACCAAAGAUAACAACGUGCUUGUCGGACGUACUAUGGAAUUCGCGACCGAUUUAAAAUCUGAAGUUGUACUUAAGGCAAUAGGCACACAAGAGAAAAGUUCUUUGCCUCCUUCCUGUGGUCAAGCCUCUCCUUUGAAAUGGAGUUACAAAUAUAAUGUACUUUGCCUGAAUGCACUAAAGCAACCUGUAUGCACAGAUGGUGUUAACAGUGCAGGUUUAUCAGUUGGUGUACUGUAUCUGCCACAAUACACAGUGUAUGAUAAUGUUACACAACACGCUUGCUCUGACAUCUUGUCUAAUAUUCAAACUGCGAAUUUUAUCUUGGCAACAUACAAUUCCACCCAACAGCUUCGAAAUGACAUCAAUGGUAACAUUUUUCCAAAGGUCUUUGAUAUGGAGUUUCUUGGUGCGUAUUAUCCACUUCACUACACUGUAACAGAUUCUAGUGGAGAUGCGUUAGUGUUGGAAUACACUAAGGAUGGAAGAAAAGCUCAUGAUAAUACGAUUGGCGUUACAACAAACUCACCUCCGUAUGAUUUUCACAUAAUGAAUAUCAAAAACUACGUAACGUUAUCGAAGUUUUCUUCAAAGAAUCUAAGAUUUGGUGAUGUUGUGUUUACUCCAGCGGGUAUUGGCAGUGGAUUACUUGGUGUACCAGGAGAUUUUACACCUCCUUCAAGAUUUAUUCGCAUGGCUUCUCUCCUGCAUUUCUCAAACCAACCAAACACAACAGAUGAAGCGCUUAAGCUGACUUAUCACUUGUUGAACACUGUUGAUAUUCCAAAGGGUGCUGCGCAGGUUGAAGUAGAACCGGAAGAAGGUCAUUAUGAUUACACACAGUGGGUUGUGAUGAAAGAUUUAAAGAACCAAGUUAUUUACCUCCGUUUUUAUGACGACUUUACGUUUAAAACAUUUGAUUUAAAAACAAUGAAGCCAUUGACAUCUGGGGUUGUUUCGUGCUUCCAAUCUUCGUUAACUCGGCUUUUUAUCGUUUUUUUUCUUGUGAUUGCUUUGUUCUGAAAUUUCAGUAAAUAUGAUUGUGAUACGUUGUUUC